CCGCAGCCCCAGAGAAUGAAUGAAAUUGAAAUAGCUGCUACAUUACAUGUACAAUACCGGGCUCUGCGGUGUUGCAUUCUAUCAUACUAUACCAAAAUGGCCACAGCGGUGCAGAACCCCCUCAAAUCGCAAUCUGGAGGUGCAGUCAUCAAAAACAGUCUCGGAGAGGAGUUUUAUAAGGAGGCCAUUGAACACUGUCGCAGCUACAAUGCCCGCCUGUGUGCGGAGCGCUCCAUGCGGCUUCCCUUCCUGGACUCGCAGACCGGCGUGGCCCAGAGCAACUGCUAUAUCUGGAUGGAGAAGAACCACCGUGGACCAGGUCAUGCUCCAGGUCAACUGUACACGUAUCCUGCUCGCUGCUGGCGCAAGAAGAGACGGCUAAACAUCUUGGAGGACCCACGGCUUCUACCCAUCGAAUUCAAAAUUGAUUAUGAGACCUCUCUAAAGAAGGAGGGGGGCAUCCCAGACGGCCCUGUCCUCGAGUCGCUGCUUGCUGGGGAGACGCUGGACAAGAAGGUGGAGACCAAGGAAGAGGAGCCAAUGAGUGAAUGUCAGAAGCUGCUUGUUGGGGAUUUUCCUCAUGAGCUGGAGGUGGACGACAUGGAGGAAGACGUACCGAAGCGCAAGAACCGUACCAAAGCACGGGCUUAUGGUGUUGGAGGAAUGAGGAAAAGACAAGAGCUGCCUGCCAUUGAAGACAGAGAUAAGCCUUACGUCUGUGACAUCUGUGGCAAGCGAUAUAAAAACCGUCCUGGGCUGAGCUACCAUUACACUCAUACACACCUGGCGGAUGAGGAGGGUGAAGAGGAUUCAGAGCGACACACACUUCCCUUUCAACGCAAGAGCAACCACAAGCCUAAGAAAGCACCGGACGGCUCAGUGAUUGCCAAUGGCUACUGCGACUUUUGCCUCGGAGGCUCAAAGAAGACGGGCUGUCCCGAAGACCUUAUCUCCUGUGCGGACUGUGGACGCUCAGGCCACCCGUCCUGUCUGCAGUUCACAGUGAACAUGACGGCUGCGGUGAGGACUUAUCGUUGGCAGUGCAUCGAGUGCAAGUCCUGCAGCCUGUGUGGCACCUCUGAGAAUGACGACCAGCUGUUGUUCUGUGACGAUUGCGACAGAGGCUACCACAUGUACUGUCUGAGUCCUCCCAUGUCUGAACCACCAGAGGGGAGCUGGAGCUGUCAUCUGUGUUUGAGACAACUGAAGGAGAAGGCCUCAGCCUACAUCACCCUGACUUAAUCUGCAGAGCACGUCCUCAUGGCCCCUCGCCCUCUCCCAAACCAUCUCUCUGUCGCUCCUCCCGUGUUCUUCAGCAUCUCCACCUCUCCUGUUUUACUGAUCUACUUGUCGGCACAGUCUUCACAAUCUGUCCCUGUGACCUUUGGUGCACGCAGAUUACCCACAGUGCUACGCCUGUUCUUGAGCGUCUCUCCAGCGGCGAGCCACGCUCCGUCCUCUUUUGCCCCCUGAAAUUCCCUUUUGUGCUUGACCCAAACUCCAGCCUCUCUCUCCUCCGUCUCAGCAGAAGAAUUCAUCAGCCGGCAAUAAGUUUGUCAGCAAGACACACACUUCAGCCCGCCAAGGGCACUUCUGAAGCAUACUACUCCACAGGAACCCUCAUAAGGGCCCUCGGAUGAGCCCUAAUGAUCUUCAGCUGUGACUCUCUCAAGUAGUGAAUAAAAAUUAAUAAAACUGUGACAUGUUUGAGAGAGGACGAAGCAGUGGAGAACCAUGGAGCAGUGCAUCUCAGUGUUUUUCCAACUGUGAAAUGUACAUUCAACCAAAAUUUUAUUUUCUUCUCUCUGUCCACCUUUGUGUAUGACAGAGCUGCAGAGACGCUGAACUCUCCUCUGGUAUUUGUCUGGAUGUCUUUUUCAACCAGGGAGUAAAUUGUACAGAAUUUAAUCUGAUUUGAUUUUUGAACCACACACUCAUGAAAAGACUCGGCUCAGUGGUAAAUAAGAGGCAUCCAGUUAGGAACUCAGACCACCUUUGACCUCACCCUUUCUUCUCUCUGUGCAUGGGGUUCCCACAACUUAAUGGUGCAUUUUAGAAAUUGACACUGAAGGUUUUUAGUGCAUGGUUUUGGCUCCUGGAUAAAUGGAGAGAAGGAUUUUUCCCCCCUCCAUUCAAAUCAAACUGUGUAUUUGAAAAAAUAACAGUUUUGGCUUAGCAUCUCUCAUAAGCCCUUACCUGACCUGCAUAUAACCUUUCCUCCCACAAAACCAUGACUGUGAAGCCAGUGCAAGACUGUAACACUUCUGGUGAUUGGUGUGUUGUCUAUGAUCUCAGAAUGUAGGACUGGUGUGUGGAAAUAUGCAGCUCUAAUGCCGAGGCCUGAAAACACAUUUUCUACGAUUCCUUUAAUUUAUUUGUGUUCAUUUGCAUGUCAUUAUUUUUAUUCUUUAAAAAAAAUACUUUUAAUUGAAAUGGAAAGGAAAGCACACUUAAUUCGCAAUAAUGUGUUUGUGAUACAAACUCUUUAGCCACCCAUUGUAACUUUGAAGUUCUGUUUGUGCCUGUUUCUUUGAGCAGUGCAGCCAGUGACUGUGGCCAGUCAAAGACCAGUUAGAUGUAUGAAGGCAUCAAAGAUAGAAUGAUCUGAAUGUAGAAUGGAAGAUUUAACAGUGUAGGCAGACUGACUGAGAUACACAUCCUGCUGUAAGUUUGACAUACAGAGUAAAGUUAAAAAGUGUUAAAAGUUUAAAAUUCACAUUUCAUUGUGCAACAUUUCACAGUGUUACACAAGUGGUCAAGGUCUGGCACACAAUACACUGUAUACAAAAACAAAUUUCUGCUCACGUUCAUAUUUUACCCUUUAAAGCUUUAUAGCUGUAAAACAGCCAAUUAGCUUAUUCAAGACAACUAUGUUCGCAAACUGCAUAUCCUGGGUAGAAAUCUAUCCCAGACAUGAACCUUGGCAGGAAACUUUUGACAUAACCCUCAGCUUUUGGUUUGGCGGGCAGUAAAAGAAGAUGCCAAACAUUUUGAAAUUGUUGGCUAUUUGUACCAUUCCACUCACCACAGAUUAAAUUGAUAAAUACUCAAUUUUUUCUGCAAACUUUAAUGACUUCUCUCAUGUUUUGAGACAAAUUUGGGACACUAAAUCCUCCAGUCAAGAUAUGUUUCAUAUCAUAACUGAUAUUGUCAGCAUGCAGCUGUGUUUACAGCCCUCUUUUGGGUGACGUUGCACUAGCUUUUUUGUUUUUAAGCAUCAGCUGUUGUUGUGUUUCUUCUGAAUUUAGGGUGAUCUUUUAAAUUUGUUUUAAAGUGUGACUGCAUCAAAAGUUUUACAAUGUGUGUAGAUCCUUUUUAUCUCUUGUCUUUAUCAAAUGCAGCGAUAAAAAAAAAAAUCUGCAUUUGACAAAGAUUGGACAGUUCUAUAUUCCACACAGUUUGAAGUUUACUUAAUUGAGACAAGCUGAUUUUUUAUUCUUGUUGUUUUAUUUAUAUAUUUAUUUUUGUUAUCAGUUUUAGCAGACUGAUUUUCUUUUUAAAUUAGUUCUUUGUGCUUUCUCUGACCUUCUGUCUUCAAUGUGGGAGUUAUUAACUCCCACAUUGAAGAGUGUAUUUGUCACGGUGAUGUAGGGUUUGGACAAGGUGCAUUCACUGACUGGAAAAAAUAAAAAUAAAAAUUUCGGGACUCCAAGAAUCUGAGCACUGGUCAGGGUCCGUAAAGCUGGAAAUGAACAGAUUCUGGUCACCAGACAGUUAAUGGACCGAAUCUAUAUCAUAUUUUUUUUUUUUUUACUGUGUUUUCUAUAUUUUUGUUUUCUAGCCAAACUCACCACGCAUCGUGCUUCAUAUUAGCGCCACACUCACUAACACGCAUUCAUGCACCAACACACAUAUCACUUGGCAACUUGGGGUUAAGUGCCUUCCAGGAGAAAGCUGGAAUCAAAAACUUUCAGAUUGCAACUAACUACUCUUCCUACUGAGCCACAGUCGCCCACACAAUCAUCAUUAUCUUAUCAUCUCAAGUAAAAGAGUGGAGAUGUCAUUGGUUAUAGGACAUCAGGGUUGUCACAGUCAACUUAAAAUCAUUUACAACUUCUGACUUCCAGAAACUCACUUUUUUUUUUUUUUU